GGCUGAGGAGGGCUCGGGGCCGGCCCGGGGCGGGGCUGUGGGGCGGUGCCGGGCACAGGAAGCGGAAAGCGGCGGCGAACGGCGGCCGCCGCCGGGGGAAGGCGGCGGAGGAGGAGGAGGAGCGGGCAUGGGGGAGGCAGGCCGACCGUGAGGAGCAGAGCACCCUCCCUCCUCCCCAUCUGGAAGGAUUCCUGGUAAGUGAAGCGUCCUCGAGUCCCCACGGACCAGGCCUCACUGAUGACUGGGAAGCAAAGAGUACCCAGGAAAGCACUUUUAUCACGGACUCCACCUCAGGAGCACCAGGAACCCGUCUCUAAGUAAAAACCUGUGCUGCCGUCCGUGCAGACCCCGAUGUCUGCUGCAAUGGAUACAGAAUCAACGUAUUCGGGAUACUCCCACUACUCAGGUCACUCCAAAAAAGCCCACAGACAAGGGAGUCGCGACAGGCACAAAUCACCACGAAGCAAAGACGGCAGCCGAUCCGAGAAGUCCGUCACUAUCCAGGCACCUCCUGCGGAGCCGCUGCUGGGGAAUGAUGCCUCUCGGACAGAGGAGGGCCAGGAUGACAACUGGGGCGAGACCACAACAGCAAUCACAGGCACCUCCGAGCACAGCAUUUCCCAGGAGGACAUAGCCAGGAUCAGUAAGGACCUGGAGGACAGCGUUGGGUUGGACUGCAAACGUUACCUGGGUUUAACAGUGGCAGCUGUUCUCGGACUCCUCGUCUUCCUUACCCCCAUCGCCUUCAUCCUGUUACCCCAGGUCCUGUGGCGGGAUGAUCUGGAGCCGUGUGGUACUGUCUGUGAGGGCCUGUUCAUCUCUGUGGCGUUCAAACUCCUCAUUCUCCUGAUUGGGACCUGGGCUCUGUUCUUCCGCCAGCCCAAGGCAGACCUACCGAGGGUGUUUGUGUUUCGGGCCCUCUUGUUGGUCCUCAUCUUCCUGUUUGUGUUUUCCUACUGGCUUUUUUAUGGCGUUCGCAUCUUGGACUCGAAGGACACCAACUACCAAGGAAUAGUGCAGUACGCGGUGUCCCUGGUGGACGCUCUGCUCUUCAUUCACUACUUGGCCAUCGUGCUGCUGGAGCUACGGCAGCUGCAGCCCAUGUUCACGGUCAAGGUAGUCCGGUCAACAGAUGGAGAGUCACGAUACUACAGCUUGGGGCACUUGAGUAUCCAGCGAGCUGCACUGGUGGUUCUGGAAAAUUAUUACCGAGAUUUCCCCGUCUACAACCCGGCGUUGCUAACAGCCUCCAAAUCCCGUGCAGCCAAGCACAUGGCUGGCCUGAAAGUCUACAACGUUGAUGAAGGCCCAGGUAACAACGCCUCGGGGCAGUCCCGUGCCAUGAUCGCAGCCGCUGCUCGGCGCAGAGACUCCAGCCACAACGAGCUCUACUACGAAGAGGCCGACCACGAGCGCCGAGUUAAAAAACGUCGGGCGAGGCUUGUGGUUGCAGUAGAGGAGGCUUUCACUCAUAUCAAACGCCUCCAAGCAGAGGAACAGCAGAAAGCUCCGGGAGAGAUGAUGGACCCCCGAGAAGCAGCCCAGGCAAUCUUCCCCUCCAUGGCAAGAGCUCUGCAGAAGUACCUUCGCACCACCCGCCAGCAGCAGUACCACAGCAUGGAGAGCAUCUUGCAGCACUUGUCCUUCUGCAUCACCAACAACAUGACACCAAAGGCAUUCCUGGAGCGUUACCUCAGCCCUGGCCCAACCCUCCAGUACGACAGGGAUCGCUGGUUCUCCAAGCAGUGGACGCUCGUUAGCGAGGAAGCGGUCACAAGCGGCUUGCAAGACGGGAUUGUUUUUGUCCUCAAGUGCUUGGACUUCAGCCUUGUUGCUAAUGUGAAGAAAAUCCCCUUCAUCAAACUCUCAGAAGAGUUCAUAGACCCUAAGUCUCAUAAAUUUGUCCUUCGCUUACAGUCCGAGACUUCAGUCUAAGGGAUUUCGAGGGUGGGUUGUUUGGGGAUUUUUUUUUUUUCAAUAUCGUGCUUUUGGGUUUAAUUUCCCCAAUGCUGACUGAAACUGGCAGAUGAUGGACCAGUAAUAUUUGACCAUCUGCACUUUAUUUGGAAAGGGGUGGGGGGAGCUGGGAUAUCUUAUCUAGAAAGAAAUAUCUUAAGAGGCAACAGGGUGACUUGGCUCGGUUAGCUCAGCCUUGGAGACAGAACAGAUUUUUUUUUUAUUAUUAUUUUUUUCCCCCCUUUCCAGGCAUAUUGUAAAUCUCACGCUCUCUUUCUCUGCACAAUUGCAACGUCUGUAUUUCUGUUGGAAUGCUGCCUUACACCGUGUGCGCGCUCUUGUGUCUCUGCUACCUGUAGCUAUUGCUGAGAAUCUGCUGCUCACCUCUCCGCCGUAGAGAUCUGCUUGUACAGGUGGUAUUUGCAGUUCCUUUCCACUUAGGAAGGAGAGGGUAUCAAAGACUGGGUGUGAGAGGUUUUUCUUCUGUGAGCCACAGAACCUUAAGACAAACUUUUGUGUUUUGUUUUUUUUUUUUUCCUCCUAUUCUCCCUGUGCCCUUUUAUCAGUGCUGGACCUGCGUGAGCACAGUGGGAUGAUUUUGCCGUCCGUUUCUCAGCCUCUGUGAAGUUGCUUGUCUCAAAGUGGCUCAGCCCAUCUUGCCGCUCUUCAAAACAAAAUUUUUUUAGCGAUGCUUUUUAGCGAAACUGGUCUGCAGGACACAGCUCCCUUUUGCUCUCUUUCUCUCAGCUGCUCCAUCUCUCCUGCUUACCCCCUCCUUUGUCGGGCCCUCCCAAGGCUCCCCGUUUCCGUCCCUUUUUGCUUGCCUUUCCAAACGUGUUUCUCCAGUCACGGUCCCCUCGGGGUCUGCCUUACUGCUUCUUCCUCUCACACCUGCAGGGGCUGCGCGUUUGCACUGGGGCAGAGUAGGUAAGUAGCCGGCUCCUUCUCACACAUCACAGACCCCCAGCCCCUUGGAGGGGAAGAUCUACAAACGCCGCAGCGUGUCCUUCCUUCCUCACCCUCAGCUGUAGCUGAGCAAUACCAAACUCUGUCUGAAUGUUGAAAACCUGCCUACCUUUCUUGGCCUUUCUCUGCCGUGGGGGUCUCUCCUCAGUGCCGGGACAGCCUGCUGUUCCUCUGCUUUUGUGCGACUCGUAGCUCUGAAAAUUGCAGUUUUGUUUCGAAAGCGUCUUUGCCCGUCAUUGCAGCUUUUGUGUGUGACUUUUGUCAUCUGAGUUUUGCGGGGUUUUGCAAGUUUUCCUCUGAAAGAUGAGCUUAAGCCAGCGUCUGGUUGCUGGCACAAAGCAUCGCCCUUCAGCCAGGUCCCUCCUAGAGCCUCCCAGCCCUGUGGUGAUGGAUUCACCUGUGUGAGUGGAAACAGCUCAGCUCACCCUGCCCAGCCUUUUGCCAUGCAAAUAUCUGUAUCUAGCAGGAGCUGACCUGCCUUCCACGUAGAUGUCUUAAUGCAAAGGGCUCCCGUGUCAGCGAGGUACAAAACCAGUGCCUUUCACUGCGAGGGUGCAUCAUUUUCAAAAUUGGGUGGGUGUAUAGUAUCUCACAUACAGCUCUCCUAAAGACUGUACGUAUCUGGCUUUUAAGAUGUGCAUAAGCAGGCAGGGUGGGAGAGACUGGGAGUAGCUUGGGAGGGAGACUGCGGAGCACUUCUGCUUGUGUUCAGGGUACUGCCUGUGGCUGAAUUGGCUCGUCUGCGAGCAGCCAGAACAAGAAGCACCGUGCCGGGGGCUUGGGCGUGCCAGUGAAAAACGGGAGCACCUCGUUUCAGGCAAUUCUCUGUAAAACUUUCCUUUCCCAGGAUUUCCUCCACCGCCCCUUCUCCCUCCCCCCUGUGAGGGGGUUGUCUGACGGUAUCUGCUCAGGAAACUCGUGUCUUAAUCCUUAAUUGCGUCAAAUCCUUAAGCGCACGGAGAGCCAGACGGAAGCAGCGUGUGCUCACUCUGCUGCCUUCUCUCUCUGUCGCUGCAAAGGACACUGUCAGCAGGGGCCAGCUCUUGCAUUAAACGCUCUUCCCAGUGUCGGUGUGAAUGCUCUGCCUGAUAAAAUCUGAAGGGAGGGAGCUUCACCUCUCGAACGGCCUGCUUGCUCUAGAGUUGCAGCCUGUUCAGGGCUGAGGACGUGCUACAAGGAAUCUGGACUCCUGGGUAUUCCCAAUUUUUUUUUUUUAAUAUUUUAUUUCUCUGGAUUUCUGUCUGGGGGCUUGUUUCACUUCCCCAUGCGAAAUCAAGGGACCACGAUCGUUACCUACCUCACUGGGGUGUUGUGAGGCUAAACUCAGCUCGUCGCGAAGUGCUUUGAGAUCCAUGGAUGGAUCUGUGAAGUCUGCAGGAACUCAGGCCCUUUAUAAAAAUCCUGAGCAGUGAGAGCAGACUGGUUUGUUUAACUCUGUUUAUAGCCAGCUAAUGAGUAAGAAUCGAGUCAGAGGGAACGAAGCUCUGAUCCAAAUCCUGCAGUCCUUACUUCGGGAGAGCUUGCCAAGAGCUGAGCGUAAAUAAGGCCUGUGGGGUUUGCCAGCCAAGUGCAGGCUGUUUCCCUCCGAACACCUCUCCUGUCCUGCACCAUCUCCUUCUCCCUGCUCUGUCCCUGCCUGUAUGCUUUAAUCUGACUGGGAACUGAGUUUUAGACAUCAGGUCGUUUAUGAGACCCUGUCUGUGGUGAAGUUGGUGGAGAAGAACCUCAUGCUGGACAUCUUUCACUGACGGCCAGCCCACUCGAUAAGGUGCCGUGUUGCCUAGCCAGGAGAGGUGUUGCCCCGCUCCUCUCUUCCGUGCUGUUUUUCCUGUGACUCUUGAGUAUGCUGCUCGAACAGUUUAAAGACUCAGAUUUGUAACAGCCUAAAUCCAAAACCGUGCUGAGAUCUUCCAAAACUCAGAUGCAACUAAGACUUUCCGCUGCCUCAGAGCAGAUGGAAAUGGCAGUGGGUUUCCACAAAGGCUGACUCUCAUGGAUAAAGAGUGAAGAGUGGGGUGGGAAGGGCUGGGCCAUGGUUUGGAGCUUGGGGACAUCUCAUAGGAGACACACGUUUGGGGGAGUUCUGAACAAAUCCCAAUGCUAAAGGAGCUUUUUCCCUUUUCCUUUGGGAUGCUCCACACAAAGCUUAGGGAAUCGGCUGCUCCCAAGCGUGCCAAAAGCUGGGGAGAAGCAGUUUCUAAAACUGGCCGUGCGUUAAGUACCUUGUAAAAGGCUUGUUUGAGAUGUGCUUGUUCCAGCAUUUGUUACUGAGGGAAGUGGAAAGAUCUGUGCCAUGCUAAAUGUGGAAACCUACUCAGGCCAAUUUCAUCUUGCUUACAAAACCUUGUAAAUCUACCCUUUUUUAAUGGUAAAUCAAAAAUCCUUGCAGUCUUUCGGAAAAAAUGCUGUAGUCUGGUCCCAGGCUCUGCUGUUCAGUUGUGCUUAGCUCUGCCCUGCCAUGUGGGAGGUUCCUGAGACAUUUGUGCAGAUGUCUGUUUUCUCAUUCAGCUUGUGUGUGUAUGUGGCUUGUUCCCUUAUAGGUGUAUGCAUUAUACAUGUCUAAAGCCUCAAGCUAGGCUUGGUGGUUCGGUGUUUAAACUGUGUGAAGAAGGAAGCACUCUUGGGAUCAAACCGUUUUUUUAUAUAAAAAAAUAAAAAUAAAAAAGAAGGUUAAAAAAAAUCCUGUUCUCCUAAAAGAAAGGGCUUUGAGCCUUGAAGUCUCCUGCAGGAAUAUGCAUCCUUCUGCGUUCGGGCUGCCGCCUCAGAUCGAUGGUGACCAAAAGCUGCUGCUUCUCACUACCCUGGGGCUGGCGUGGAUCUCGGUGGGUUUCUCCUGCACCAGGUCCCCCCAGCACCAGCGCUUUUAGCUGCCUGUCUGCUUCCCUCCGAGAGGCUGUGGGUUUGCCCUCGUGCCGCCUCGCAGCCCCGCUGUGGCUGUGCUCUGCCAGAGGGGCAAUCCUUCCCCACGGCUGCUUCCGUGGGCACCUUGCACCAGCGCCGAAGGGGCUUGGGAGCAUCCCCUGCCUGCACACGGGGAUGCUGGGGCUCAGCGCCCGCAGGGACCCGCCUGUGAAGGGAUCUUACACUCUUCUGUGCCUGUUUCUUUGAUUCAGCAUUAUCGUGUCUUGGGGAGGAGGGGAGUGAACCGACUCUCAUCCUGCGCCCUUUUUGGAUCACUGUGUAAUACUCUUUUUUCUACACAAACUGUGUAUAGUAAGAUGGGUUUUGCCAAGGUUUUCUAAUCAAUAGACACUAACCAGCAUUUCUUUUUUUUUCUUUUUUUUUAAUUUUAUUUUUCCUCCUCUUUGCACAUGUGACUUUAACCGCGUUGGUACAUGGUCUUUCUGUUCUUUUCUAAUCGUGAACUUAAGCAAAUUCCUGGUGUCUGUGACAUUAAUGCACUGUGGGUCUAGCCUAGUAAGUCGUUCUGUUCCAAGCUGGGUUCUCUUAAGUUAUAGCUGGAUGGGUUUUUGUUGUUUUUAAACUGAAACAUAAAACUGUUUUACACUUUGCAUAUUUUGUACAGUAAAAUUCUGGAAAUAAACUGAAACCAGAUUUGAUUGUCCCA